AUGAACUAUGGUAGCACAAAGUAUAGCAAAGUGAUGGUGGAAGUCAAGGAUGCUUUUGGUCGAGGCGAUGGCGACCAGUCGCGGCUGCUGCAUCAGCUUAAAAAGGAGAUGAGAGGCCACACACAUGCUCAGGAGAAUCAUACAGUGGGUGGAGAGCAUAUUAAGAGUGCUGUUUACGGUGGACUUGAUGGUAUUAUCACGACAUUUGCUACUGUAACGUCUGUGGCUGGCUCAGGGUUGCCACACUCUGUUAUCCUUAUCAUUGGUUUAGCUCAUUUGGUGGCUGAUGGACUUAGUAUGGGGCUUGGGGAUAUGUUGAGCUCUCAAGCUGAAACUGAUUUAGCCAAACACGAACGCUCUCGUGAGCGCUGGGAGUUUGAAAAUUAUCCUGAGGGCGAGAUUGAGGAGAUGGUCGAACUCUACGAGAAAAAGGGUCUUUCUACUGAUGACGCACUGCUUGUGGUGCACACGUUGGCUAAGUAUAAGGAAGCAUUUGUCGACAUCAUGAUGGUGGAAGAGCUUAAAAUUAUGCCCGCAGAUGAUGAUGACUCGCCUCAUACGGGAGGAUUGAUCACAUUUCUCUCUUUCAUGUUCUUUGGUGUCAUUCCACUACUUUCGUAUCUUAUCAACUUGGUUCCUGGUAUUGACAUGAAUCCCAACACGGCGUUAUAUCUAUCCUGUUUCCUUACUGUUGUCACGCUGUUUUUGCUGGGUGCUGUUAAAGGAAGAUUUGUUGGACAAAAGAUGUGGAAAGCAGGUGGCUCGAUGGCUAUUAACGGGAGCGUUGCUGCAGCUUGUGGUUGGAUCAUUGGCUAUUUGUUGCAACUUACGGGUAUUCAAAAUAUUGGGUGA